AUGGCGUGGGAAGAGGAAUUCGAGUCUGCCACGAAACCUGGGCCAGGCCGUAGAAUUGUGGGCGCUGUCGUAAUCGCAGCUGAUGCCUCUGGGAACAUAGUGCAUCAUGAUGCCAAAGGUUUCACGUCUGUUGACCCAGAGACCGCUAAACCGAUGAGUGAGGACACCACCUUCUGGAUCGCCUCGUGCACGAAGCUUUUGACGACUAUUUGCGCACUGCAAAACGUCGAGCAAGGGAAACUGGUACUCGACGAUGAUGUCUCCGAGAUCCUCCCCGAGUGGAAAUCCCCAGACAUCCUAACUGGUUGGGACCACGGUCAGCCACAGUUUCGGAAAGCAACAAAGAAAAUCACGUUGCGCCAGUUGUUGACGCAUUCCAGUGGAAUGGGCUACGACUUCCUGUCGCCAGAGCUCGCAAAGUGGCGGGAGUGGCGCGGAGAAGCAGUGCGUCCUGGCGGAGGUGAAAUAACUAAGCAAUAUUUCGCCCCUCUUCUGUACGAGCCAGGCGAGAACUGGGCGUAUAGUGUAAGCAUCGACUGGGCUGGCAAGAUGGUGGAGCGAGUGAACGGAGGAAUCAGCCUUGGGGAGUAUAUGCAGCAAAACAUCUUUGAUCCUCUGGGGAUGACUUCGACGGGAUUCCGCCCGGAGAGGAACGAGAACAUUAGCAGGAACUUAUGCCCUACCACGAAGCGGACUCCUGAGGGAGAUUUAGUACCCACCGAGCCGUAUGCCAUUCAGAAUCCCAAGGACGAUCUUGGUGGUGGCGGACUAUACUCCGCCGCGCCCGACUACGUGAGAGUGCUCAUCUCGCUGCUGAGGAACGAUGGGAAGCUUCUGCGAUCAGAGACAGUAAAGUCAAUGUUCACGCCGCAACUUUCCGAUGACAGCCACCUGAGGGCCACGGUGGGCGAGCCAUUGGCAGGCCCGAUGUUUCGAGGUGCUGUGGAUAGCCCGGCUUGGAAUUUCGGUCUCGGAGGCAUCCUAAACAUGGAAGAUGUGGAUGGCGUAUGCAAGAAAGGGACACUCACCUGGGGGGGUCUUCCUAACUUAUUCUGGUGGAUCGACCCUGCAGCAGGUAAUUGUGGCAUAUAUGCCUCUCAGAUUAUUCCACCAGGAGACGCAGAAUCGAUGGCCCUGGCGGUUGCGUACCGAAGAGAUAUCUUCGCAAAAAGCAUUGCACAAAGCUAA